AUGUGCAUCUGUAUCCUCCACUUUACCUGGACUCAGUGGGAGGAGCUAGAUGCAGAUGUCAAGGUUACCGUGUUCUCAGCAACAUCCAAGACCGUCAUUCUCAGAUGGACCAGGUUCACCGGAGCCAGCUCGUAUAAGAUCAGCGUCGCCCCCAAAAGCUCACCUAACAGCGUCAUCGCCUUUGCAACAUUUGGUCCCAACACAGUGAUGGGCUCCAUCAACUCUCUGUCCCCGAAUGUGUUGUACACCUUCACAGUCGACGCUCUGGACAAUUCCCAAAACGCACUGAGCACUGCUUCUUUGGACUCAUCAUCAGCUCCUGCGAUGAUGGAUCCCAUUCAGACCGUGAAGCCAGAAGACAGCACGACCUUGAUGGCCGAGUUCAGCCUGAGGACCGGAUCAGUAUCAUACGUCAUACGAGUCCAGAACAACAAUGGCUUCCACAGAGAAGACGUAGUGUACUCGUCCCCCGCUGAGAUUCAUAACCUCACACCGUACACUGAGUACACGCUCAGCAUCAUGGCAGUGAACAGCGGAGGCCGCAGCCAGCCGCCUCUUACUGUGACUGCAAAGACAGUGUUGCCCCCUCCUCAGCUGUCCACUUCCUCUCCCAGCAAUGACAGCAUCUCAGUGUCCUUGUCCCCGGUCGCUCACGCUGUCCAGUACACCCUGUCCGUGUACAAGUUUGGCUCCAACAGCGCCGUGAAGCACAACACCUCCAGCACCAAUUUCACCAUCACUGGCCUGGACGCCGGCUCACUCUACAUCAUCAGAGGUUUCGCCUGGGACCUGGAGGGUCGACAGGGAGAGCGAAGUCUUUACAUCAACCAGACAACACGUCCUCCAGCCCCUGCUUCUGUAAACGUCUCCAUGGAGAUGAGUAACGACGUGGCUGGACUCUCUGUGUCCUGGGAACUGGAUCAGGAUGUCUACGGGUCUAUCGAGUACCAAGCUACGAGUGACGGGAACCUGGAGUGUAACAGCACAUCCAGCUCCUGCAUCCUGUCAGCUGUGAGCUGCGGAGAGGUACACAGCAUUCAGGUGACCGCUUCCAACGAGGCUGGGCCUGGGUAUCCAACAAACCCCAUCCUGUUUAUCACCUACCCGUGCCCUCCAGAGUCUCUGGCUCUCUGGGAGUCACCAGAAGGAAACUGCACGCUGACGUGGGACACUGUGGCUCACGCUGACGGCUAUCAGGCCUUCAUCAAGAGAGGGGACGGCGGCGAGGAGAUCUGCAACACCACCAACAGCAACAACUGCAGUUACGACUGUCAGUGUGGCUACACGUACCUGAUGUCUGUGUUUGCCUUCAACCAGGCGGGCAGCAAUCCUCAGGGAGAGAUUCUCAACCACACCACCUUGCCUUGUUGUCCAGAGGGAGUAUCUGUCUCUGCGGUGAACACUGACACUCUGGAGAUCACGUGGGCGGCCUCGCGGGGGGCGGAGCUGUACGAGACGCGGGCUGUGGACAGUUCAGAGGACAUCCGGUGUAACGACACGGCGCCUGUGUGUGCUCUCUCUGACCUCAGCUGCGACACCUCCUACAGCGUGGUGGUGACACCCUGCAGUGACAUCAGCGGGUGCAAUCGUGCAUGCAAAGCUCACACCAAGGACACAGCUCCCUGCAUGCCGACGAAUCUGAUGCUGAAUCCCCAAAACUCCUCCAGCGUCACCGUCAGCUGGACGUCCAACAACCGCGCGGCUACUUACACUGUGAGCGCCGUCGGAGCUGACGACAGACACUCCUGCAGCUCCGUCGGAAACAGCUGUGACAUCACCGGCCUGCCCUGUGGCUCCGCCUACGAAGUGAGCGUCAUAGCAACGAGCUCCACGGGCCAGAGUUUACCCAGCUACUCUGACUCUCUGGAGACAGAGCCGUGCUGCCCGCAGACUCUCACCGUGGAUCAGGGGACUCAGGCCAUGACCAACGUCUCCUGGUCUCACGCCAAAGGGGCGCACUCUUUCAUCACGUCUCUGACAUCGCCACGCGGUCACGCCCGCUGCCACACCCAGGACUCCCACUGCCUCAUGGGGUGCAUCACCUGUGGGACAAACUACACCGUCACCAUGGAGGCGUACAGUCACAGCGGGCGCAUGUCCAACUGCACCUAUCAGGGCUUCUCAUCCAGUGCGUGCUGUCCGUCAGGUGUCCGGCUCUACAGGAAGGCCGCUAACUCCCUGCGCGUGCACUGGCGCAGCGCUGGAAGCAGCCACAGCUACGUCACAGAUAUGACGGGCACGAGCAACAACUACACCUGCACGACGUCUCCUGGGGAGAACAGCUGUGACAUCAGCAACAUCCAGUGUGGAGACGUUUAUAAUGUAGUGGUGGCUCCGCUCACAGCAGAGGGCAGCAAAGUCCUGUUCUGCCCCCUGAGACUCUACUCAGUCACCUGCGCAGGGAACAACAUUAGCACAGUGAUUUACAGAGGGAGGAGAAGUGUGGACUGA